GUCAAUUGUAUUGUCAACUCAUAAAACGUCAAUACACCGAAUCUGAAUAUAAAACAAUGUCUGAAAAACCAUUUUAAGUCAAUUAGUUUAUUUAAGUCACCAAAAAGGUGAUUGUUAAUAUAAAGCUUGUAAUGUGCCAGUGAUAUAACUUGAAAAUGGCUGAUCUUAUACGUGCCGGUAGUGGUCACAAUCACGGUAUACAUAAAGAUAAAUUAGGGUCCCCAAGCACAGGAAGUGAAGAUGGAAAUGAACAAGAAACCCAGGGGGCCAUCAAACCUGAACAAGAAGAACCGGAUUUAGGAGACAGCGCACACUAUGCUCCCCCUGAAACACAGUGGUACCAUGGACGUUUGGAUAGGUACCAAGCUGAGGAACGACUUUGGGAAUGUAAUAAAUUGGGGGCUUAUUUAGUAAGGGAAAGUGAUAGAAAACCUGGCAGCUAUGUUUUAUCCUAUUUGGGACGAACCGGCAUGAAUCAUUUUAGAAUCACUGCCGUUUGUGGAGAUUUUUAUAUAGGAGGUAGACAAUUUGUUUCUUUGAAUGAUUUAGUUGGGUAUUAUAAAGAAUGUAGUGAUUUACUCAAAAGGGAAAGAUUGGUUCAUCCUGUUCCACCCCCAGAGCCAGUUAAUGACAAAAAGAGAGUUGUUGCUAUAUUACCAUACACAAAGAUGCCAGAUACUGAUGAACUAACUUUCAAAAAAGGUGACAUAUUUUUUGUACACAAUGAUAUGGGCAAUGGUUGGUUAUGGGUAACAGCUCAUAGAACUGGUGAACAAGGAAUGAUAUUUAGGGAACUAGUAGAAGAUUUAGAUGAUAGUAUAGAUCCCAAUACAGUAUUUCCAUGGUUUCAUCCGAGCUGCACAAAAAAUGAGGCAGUAGACUUAUUAGUAAAAGCUGGUCCUGGUAGCUUCUUAGUACGACCUAGUGAUAACUCUCCAGGGGAUUACUCACUGUUUUUCCACAUCAAUAACCAAAUUCAACGAUUCAGAAUUGAAAAAAAAGGUGUUAGAUAUUUAAUGGGUGGUAGAAUUUUUGAAUGUUUAGACGCUGUUAUUAAUAGAUAUAGAAAGGAACAGAUCGUAGAAGGGUACACAUUGCAACAUCCACUUGUAGUUGAUGGUUCGAAACAACUUGAUUGGGUGCCUGAAAAUCAAAAAGCCAAAUCUGAAGCCGAAAAAAUAUACGCCACUCUCAGAGAAUGUCGAGAUCAAGCUGGUUUGAAAAAAAUGAGAGGUAUCAAACAUCAAGGAUACUUACACAGGAAAUCUGACAAGGCUGCUAAGAAAUGGAAACUAUUGUAUUUUGUACUUUUAGUAGAUGGAACUGAUACUCAUUUAUAUUUGUACGAUAAUCCCAAAAGGACUAAACCCAAAGGACUAAUAGAUCUCUCAUGUGCUUAUUUAUACCAAGUUCACGAUAGCCUCUGGGAACGUUCCCAUUGUCUUCAACUAGUAGAAAGGGCACUUCCUUGUUUGGCAACUGUUACUCACCUCGCUGCGCGCUCCACAGAAGAUUGUCAAGAUUGGGUGAAUGCUCUUAAACCCCUUUGUGUACCCCAAUUAAGUAAAGCUACAUCUAAAGUGCCAAGAUUAAGAGAACUACGUUGUCUCACAUUACAUAUUAUAGAUGCACAUCGGUUGCCAUAUAAAUUAGUGCCACAACCAUAUGUUACCAUACAACUUAACAAUCAGGUUAGAGUUGCUAGAACUAGAACUAAAUCAGGGCCUGAUCCCGUGUGGGAUGAAGAGUUUGUCUUUGAUGAUGUGCCAUGUGAUAUUGUAUCAUUCACUUUAACUGUUCACAAUAAAGGUAAGAGAGGAAAAGAGCAGGAAGUGGCGGAACUCCAUGUGGAAUUAUCAACAUUAGGUAAUGGAGAAGAAAGAGAAGAAUGGUAUACUCUCUCUGGACUAACGCCCAUGGGCGAAUGGGGAUCAUUAAGACUUAAAACAAGGUAUUUACAUGAUUUGGUUAUGCCGGCAGAAGAAUAUAGUCCUCUGCAACAAUUAUUAAUAGAACCUGGUUUAACGUCUGUCAAAACUUUAGCAGAAAUAUGUCACUCCGAUAGAGCUCCUUUAGCGACAGCUCUUUUAAGAGUUUUCAGAGCAGAAGGAAGAGAGACUGAAUUAUUGAAAGAAUUAAAUACAGCAGAAAUAUUAAGGGAAACGGAAACAUCCACUUUAUUUAGAGCUGCAUCCUUGGCGACAACAUUGAUGGACCUAUUCAUGAAAGCAGAAUGUGGUGGCUUCCUGCAAGCUGCUGUAUUGGAAACAGUGUUGAGAUUAUUAGAAAGUAAGCAAAGUGCUGAGUUGAAUCCAGCUAAAAUGGAGUCUUUGGAUGACGCUUGCAAUAAUGCUGAAUUUUUAUUACAAAUUUUAGACCAGGUAACGCUUAGUAUAUUUAUGUCUCCAGACGCUUGUCCACGAUCGGUACGAUAUAUUUGUGGAUGUUUGCAAAAAGCGGUCGUCGCAAAAUGGCCGGAUGAACGUUUCGUACGCACACGUGUCGUUUCAGGUUUUAUAUUUCUAAGAUUAUUAUGUCCCGCCUUACUAAAUCCGAGACAAUUUGGUUUGGUAAGCGAACAGCCAUCCCCAUCGGCUACAAGAAGUUUGGUUAUGGUCGCUAAAUGCUUACAGAAUUUAGCUAAUUUGGUUGAAUUUGGAGGAAAGGAACCUUAUAUGGAAGUGGUAAAUCCGUUUAUACUCAAAAAUAAAGAACGUAUGGUUGUCUUCCUUGAUCAGCUUUCCAUGGUAGGAGAUCCAGGAGAACCGCGCAUCACUACAGUCCCAGAUACUGCCAAAGAACUAGCAACUUUACAUCACAUAUGUGUGGCACACAUAACUGAAUUACAAGCUGUUGGUAAAUUGAAUUCCAACAUUAAAACUUUGGUGACUGUGACAGAUAUGUUGGCCAAACACAAGCAGAAAUAUUUGGAAAUGAUCAGAUAGUAGAAUUGAUAAAUGAGUUUUGUUAUUGAUUUUAAUUGAUGAACUGGCAACGAUGAAUGCAUUUGGGAAGCUUACUGGCAAUAACAUUAUUUUAUCAAAUAAUUCAAUUUUUAAAGCGUCUGCAUAUUGUUCAUUAUGCAAAACUCAUUUGAACCCAUUAGCGCCCGGAAUUAUUUUUAUUUUCAUAUUUAUUGCUCUAUAUUGGUUAGAGUAUUGAUUAUAAAAAUUAUUAACAAAAUAAAUUUAAUCGAAAACAAUAAUAUUAGCUGUUACCAUAUGGUAUCACUGGGGCGGUUAAGGUACAAUGAAUUAACACAAAAGCACAUCUUUAUGCUUUUGUAAAUUAAAUCUUAUAUUAUGUAAUAUCAUUAGAACAAGUGUAAAUACAAAGCUACAUAGAUACAUAUGGACGUGUAAAUGUUCACUAAUUUGAGUGAUUCUGAGGAAAACAAGGAACACAUAACAUAACAUCACACUUUAUGCACAUGGUUCUUCCAAAGGUUCUGUACCAGCACACAUAUUCUCCAAUGUCUAUCACUAUUCUUUGUUAUUCCUUAGACUGUUUUACAAUUUUGAUAUUAUGGCUAUUCUGUUCCAAUGAACUUGAUACAUAACCAUUUCCCUAGGUGUUAAAAUUGUUUUUGCAAGCUCCUGCUACAGUCAAAAAACCCGAUUUUUCUUUGUCAAAUAUAGUACCGAACCGAUCCUUCUUUAGUGCUCUCCCUUUUUCCUUCAUGGACUGAAAAAUUGAGAAGAUAUCUAGUAACAGAGCACGAUAAUGCCAAUAUUUUAAAGCCUCUCUUUAUUAGCUUUUGAGGUAUCUACUGUUUCAAAUGUGCUCUGCCCUCGAAGGCAACCAUACUCUCAUCCACCGUCAUAAGCUUUUUUGCAAAUGGGUGAUUAUGGGCCUAAUUUUAUAUAAUCUAUCGAACGUUUCAUCACCUUUUUACAGCAUAGAAUCAUUGUCAUUGAGGUGAAGGAGACGAAAGAAUUUUUAGUAUCUUUAAACUUGAUAUUCUGUGAUUUGCAAUAUUCAGGUCUGUUGACCAAUAAAUUCGAAGACAUAGCAGUGGAUUCAACCCCAUAAUAGUUAUCUCCAAUGAAUGCUUUCAACUCUGCCAAAGUGAAAUCAAGUGCAUUUUUUUCUGUUGUGCAUAGCGAUAUUUCACUAUUAAUUCUAAAAAAUCAUCGCCAAGGACAUUUGAAAAAAUAUUUAUUGGCGACUGGUUUGUAUGCCUUUUUGGAACAUAUGUUCCUGAAAAGAUGAAGGUUUCAAAGCUGUGAGGUAUAUACGGACUUUUGGACCAAGGAUAAUCAUGAUCAUUAGUCGGUGGCGGCUCUGACUGAACAAAACUAAACUGGAUUCUAUAAAAAAUGAAAAAAAA